GCAAUGCUCCACUCCUUUAUUUUCUUCAUUCCUUUAUUUAUUUAUUUUUUAAAAAUCCAGUUGGUCUUGGAGCUCAUGGAACUUUCUUCGAUUCAAUUUGAAAAAUCUUAUCUUCCAAGGUCAUGAUAAACUUUUAAUCUCAUUUCCCGCAUUAAACAGCAUGACUUGGAUGCAAAUUAAACAACUUGAGUCAAAAUAAAUAUUCACGAUUAAAUAAAAUUGAUCUUGUGGAAUAAUGAAGUUGUUUUUAGGAGAAAUCUUUAUCGGAAUCACUAUGGAGUAUUGCUGGUACAAGGCUGCUAGGUUUGAAACUUUUAAACAAAUUUAUUGGCCAUUUAAUAGAUUAAAGAAAGUUCAAAUUUAAAUGAGUUGACAUCUUCAAAGUCCUAUGGAUUUGUUCAAUGUCCAUUGUAGACAUAGGCAAAGCCAAAGAGAAAAAAGUGCCAUCGCACAAUUGCAGAGAAGGUUAGGAAUUUCUGUUUCACUCUCUGGUCCUGGGCUUCAGAUAAUAGAUGAGUCUGAAGAUAAAGAAUUCAUUGAACUAGGAUCGAGUUUGAUUGGAGUAAAAGUUUCUAAUAAUGAGCAGGAUUUACUCACUCAGACAAUUAAGGUCCUCCGUGAUCAAUGGCGCAAAUCUAAACCAAGUUCAAUACCACUGAAGGAGCUUGGACCUUUGCUUGGUGAUUAUCAACGGUUGAUUACAUCAUCUGUAAGACUUUAAGUUAGCUUAAUUGUAUGUUCAGUACCACUUAAUAGUUUCUAAAGAAAAGCAAUUUCCUUGCUUAUUUCUCCAAGUCCCAGUUCAAUUUUCAACUCAGCUUGUUUGAUGCUUUUGGGUUUUUUUUUUUUUUUUUUUUUUCCAAUUAUUUUUAAAGUUUGGCCUUUUCAAGUUUUAUAGCAAAAUUACCAGCCUAUUAUACUCCAGAUGGUCUGCAACUCAUCUUGGGGAUAUUAUCAAGUAAUGGGUCUGUUGAUGCAGAAUAUGAGUUCAAAUCAUAGACAAGAACAGAAAGGUUAGGUAUUAUUUUUCAGAUGGUGGAGAAUAAAAUGAAAAAUUGAUGAUAAUUAUGAAACUGAAAAACAGAUAAAGGGGUAAUAAAAGAGCUACUUUUCUCUAAUGCUAUGUCAAAAGAGAAAGAAUAGUAAACAGUAUUAGAGGUUAGCAGGCUACAUACGGGUAGAUUGAAGAAGAUUGGUGUGGAGAUGUUAAACUAGGUGGAAUGGUGAAAUGAGUGGAAUUUGAAGUUGUGAAGAGAACAGAGUAUAGAGCCAAGAUGCUUGGGAAGUCACAACGUUGAUUCCAUGAUGUAGAUGAUUUUGGUUUUUCAUUUGUUUUUUAAAUUUACAUGUUAUAAACAUCCAAUUUAAUUAAAUAAGAUAUUAACAGAGAUCGAAUCUCUAUUUAGUAGAGGCUUGGUGUAGAUCCAUUUAAAUCAAUCAACAUUAUUAGAGGCUUAAAGUGAAUAAAGAUGUAGAAUAAACUCCUCACCAAACAUAUGUAGGAUAAUGCUAGAGUAGAUGCUAAGAUUUUUUGUAACAUCUCUUUACUUCUUCUAUGGUCAUUCUCUAGAUAGAAGAUUAUUUCUAUUUCUCUUCGUUGCUAUCAUAAGGGAUUUUUAUAGCAUGAAUAAUGACAAUUGUUAAAAUUCCUAAAAUGUAUAUUUAAUGGAUACAACCAGGCCUCUAUUAGGGAAAAAAAGCAAGAACAUAUGGAUUUGAAUUUGGUUGUAUUUACAGCUGCAUUUAGUAGAGAGAUAAUAAUAUCAAUAAGAAGUAAAAAUGCUGUGCAAUAAUUAGUCCGAAAAUUAUACACUGAAAGGGACACCCAAUGGUUAAGAAUUUGAAACUCCAAUCUAAAGGUUUUAGGUGCCAUUCAUGGGACGAGUGCAGUAGGAUAUAUGGGAUGAGAGAGGCCUAUCUCCCAUUUGUAGCCCAAGAAUCAUGUUUGCCAAGAUUAUUUAAUCUGAAAGUUACAAUCAUGUGAUAUUAGUGAAGCUUGUCUAUACUAAACAAUGAUAUGGAGUAAUAGUUAUCAUAUCCUGUUCUCAGUCCUGUGUACACCUAACAUAAUGUGGGAUAAGAACUAUCAACAUUAUCGUCAAAUUUUCUAAUCUAAACUUCUUGUAUCCUCUUCGCAUCCAGUGUGUCAAGUGCCCCCAUAUAUUUUUCACGUACAUGCAAAUUCAAAUUCUGUUUGAACCUGUUAAAUUGUUUGACAGAAAUGUAUAAUGUUUUUUCAAAUUUUGCAUAUAGGUGAAAAAUCUCCAAUAGUUAACUGUAAACUUAAGAACCGUGAUGCAUCUGUUAGUUGUUUAAUUACUCUGAAAUGUCUUCAAUGUAAAUCAAUCUGGUAGUCAUAGCCCUAAAUUAGGACAAUCUCUUUGUUAAUGUGUUUAAAUCAUUUUGUAUUUUGUAGUCAUUCAAUAAUGGGACAAAUGCGACAAAGUUUUGACUUUGAUUUUUCAUUUUUCUAGUUUUUAGACCUCGAUAUGUUACUCAUUUACUUUUCAUGUUAAUAUCUCUUUUUUGUUUAUCAAGAUUAAAUAAAUGAAAUACAGAUAUGUGUAAGUCUCUAUCGAAUGUCCUACUUGUUUUUAUUCUUCUUUAUGUUUCUAACUAUAAGUUAUCUACUUUGUGACUUU